AUGGACAACACUGAUCUGAUCAAGACGGUUCGUAGCCUGGAUCAGAACGGUCCUGGAAAGAAUGGCGAGAACCUUCAAGUCUUAUGGACAUUUUUAGCCGCGUCCUCCGAUCAUAAAUUUCAUGCCGCAGAAGAGAGCAGUUUACGAUGGAUACUAAAAUCCAUCACCGGUUCUUCAGAAGCAGCCGAGACCUUGCGACGGUUCCCUCUUACCUGGACGAUUCUUGACUGCGUCUUUCGCAGAAUACCUCUAUUCUCACUCGCCAAAUCCCUUGCUGAUAGAAAAUUCGUCGCAGUUUUGCAGCAGACUCUGAAGGACCUAGCCGAAACUAUCCAAUCCACCGACACAAGCACUUCCUCAAAACGGAAGCGAUGGGCGAAUGCCAGCUUCUCGUUGGACGCCCUGCGAACUCAGCAAGGGUCAUUCGAAACUUCGCACGUACUGUUCAAAUCGUGCAAGACGCUUCUAGACCGACUGGAUAGCGUGGGGGAGGCAUUCUCAAGAGACAAACUUGGGGCCGAGCACAUAAAAUCAUUGUUCUGCUCAUCCGCCGCCGAAGCCGCCAGGAUUGUCGCUCCUGCAUUGCAGUUAUGCGAAGCAAUUUUAUCUACCGACUUUUACAACAAUGCGGGUGGAUGCCAAGAUUGGAUCAAGACAACUUCAGCACUUUGGAACCUUCACUUGCAGUCCUCAGACGAUGCGACCAUCGUUGCGACGUACUUCUUCCAGCCAGCGUCAAUGAUUCUAGCAAAGCUCGGGGCGUUCAAAUCAUCAACCCAGAUCCAAGUGGCAGAACCAUUGAAGGAGACAUGGUUACCUGACAUCCAGGAGUUCAUGCACUGUAACCUUGCGCUCCCUGGGAGGGUCGCGUUCGUCAACCACGGUGAUCUUGGAGCAUUCACGACGGCUCUUGAAUUAAGUCGAGGGCCAAGGCAUUUGGCCGUGGGCGCCCCCGCGCUCUACUUUGUGGCAUCAAAUGCAGCCAAGUUUGGAACUGAGACCGGGAUGCGUAAAGCCAAUGUUGAGUGGAUCAAGCAAACUUUUCGGGAGAUUGAGCUGGCCAUCAGAAAACGACCAGAUCGGCAGUCUUUAUUAGAGAGCCUUUUGGACUUGGCCCUCGAGACGUCCUCGUGGAUAUCUUUGGACAAUCUGCGCCAGUUAUGCAAGGAAUACGCUUUCCAAGAAGAUGAGACUAAAUGGUCCUUGAUUGCAAAGAUUGUACGUUGCGACGCAGACGUUUUUCAGCUUUCUGAUGAUGGUAUUGAGCUACGAAACCAAGUGUGUGAGAGAAUUACGAGUCAAGGAAACAACCACGAGGAGAGAGAAUCGGUCAUCGAAGUCAUUAAAGGUAUCCAGGAUGGCUUCCGCACUCGGCGUGACUUGCCAAGCUUUUUACGUCUAUGGUAUGGGCAGCUGUGCAAGGUGGAAGGUGCGGGCCAACAAGGACAAUCACCCUGGUUCACAGCACCGCGAGAUGCCUCGGACGAGAAAUCACUGAUAAGAGUUCUGGAGAGCGAAUUGUCCCCGCAAGUUCUGAGUGAGGUCAUUGGGUGGGUGCAUGAAGCUGCGUCCUCUUCGACUCCCGAAGCCACUGUGGUGUUUGCGUCCACUAUUGCGCGAGCAUUACACAGCGAACAGUACACCGAUGUUCUCGGUCAACCGCUGUUUGACCUGGUGAAAGGCUUGAAAGGUUAUUCUUCCUUUUCUUCCUUGCGAUGGCGCGUUGUUUCAAUCGCAAUGUCAUGGGCUGCUCAGAGCCAGCGGAGUGAAAUAUGGGUUGCCGUCAAGAAACGACUCGGUAAAAUCCUGGGCAAGUCGCCCGUUUUAUCUGCCGAAGCAUACGAAGCCUUCCGAUGCUGCUUCUUGAUCUGGGACAUACUGUUCCCUGAUGAUCCUCGUGUCGAAGAGGCGGCCGAGUUGGUCCAAGCCUUCAAUGAGCGCUUAGCACGAGAACCUGCUUCUGCGCGUGUUCUCGAAGGCAACAAAUUGUCUCUGGUUGAGCAACUAGGAAUCGAAGCAGAGUUUGCCGAGGAGUAUGGCUACCAGCAAUACCUGCACUGGAUUUUAAAAGGCUCCAGCCGACUUGCCAGACUGUGUUUUGCCAAAACCGGAAAGCUACCACCCGUACUAGUCAAUGCGAUUGCGGCUAAGGAGUCGAGCAGCAAUGGAAUGGCAACUUUGUGGCAUGCUCUGCUCGGUAACGAUGUCAACUUGAAUGAGCUGAAGCUUUCGAAGGCUCUCAUAGAUCGCCUCAUUGCCUCUUUUGGCGAAUCGGACGACGGAAAUAACUGGCCUGGCGAGGAGGGCCAGAUGUGGAUCAAGAUUCUCUCCAGCAUUCCUCUAGAUGCGUACGAGCGUGCGCACAGAGAGGACAUCAUGAUCAUCUUGGUCGAGCGACAGUCAUUGAUGUUCAGGUCUGUAGCAAACAUUACGAUGGAUGGGUGGAAACUGGUUCUAGGACUAAUCUCGAAGAUGAUGAAGCGACCAACGUUCUACAAGGGCUUGCGCUUCAACCACCUCGUCGAGUUUUCUGAAGCGCUGUCAAAGUCGGUUUUACACUUGCAGGGUAGUGCCGAGACUCUCAUCGAGAUGAACGAGAGGUUCUCUCACAUGGCUUCCGCCGUCCUUGGCCAGAUGGCGGACCAUGUUGGACAACGCAGCGUCGAGUACUUUCGCGAAGCCUCUAUGUUUGUGUCAGAGUGCGGCAAGUCAGGGGCAAAUGAGGAAAGCAACACAAUCGUACUGCCAGCGUUUCACAUCGUUUUGCUCAAAACCCUUGCCUUUGAGCUGACGCGUUCGACCAACGCUCGCUCCAACGAGGACCUUGCGGGCCUGUUGGGAGAAACCGAGCGGACAUUGUCGGUUUGCGUCGCAAAAGUCGUUGAUUCGUGCGUGACCGACAAAGCGAAGUUGGGCAGUCGUGAUGCGGCGAUGGAUAUGCGCAUCUUUGCUGCUACCGACGCAGCCCCUGCUUGUAGCAACGUUUCUGCUCUCACAAACGUGAAGUCAUCUUCAAUACGAAGCUUCGAAAAGCAUGCCAGACAGGCCAUGCGCCACGGCGACCUGAGGGCUUGGAAAAUCCAGAUACAUCUGCGCAAGCACCUUCCGGAUGGCGUUGGCGCUCCUCCACCAACCACUUUCGACGACUUGAAGCAGCUACCGAGGAAUCUACGCCAACCGCUCCUGGACGAACUCGUCAAUUCGGUGGCUGACAAAAUGGAUGUGCCUGCUAAGCUUGCUUAUUUGAGAGAGUUGGUUUGCCAAUUCGCGAGCGGAUACGUCACGGACGGCCAGCUGCUUGCCAUUGAUAAUAUUGUCAAUCAAAUCAUCGCUUCGUCUGAAUUCUCAUUACACGCCGAUGACGGCUUCGACUUGGCUGCGGUCCACAGCGAUCUGACCUCGUCGCUCGUGAAGCAGACAGUCCACGCGAAUAUUGUCUGCCGCAUCCUGGAAACGCUUUUGGAAAAGAGACCGCAAAGCAUGAGCCAGUGGAACGUUGAACUCACCCUGAGCACAGUCUCUCAUCUCGCGUCCAUGGACAGCCCUACCGGCAAUGCGGUGCGCUACGCAUGGUUGUGCCGCCUGGUUGAAGUCGUCAUCAAGAAACAUCGCCUCCGACUAGAAGGCCACUUCCACCUUGUCCUGAGCACGAUGCAAUCUCUCCUCCGCAGCCUCAUCAUCACACAAGACGAACCGGAACCGUCGUCCGCAAAGGAACCCGCCCCGCAAGAGGACGCCAACGCGCACCUGUUCGCUCGACUCGUCACCCUGAUCUGCGAGCCCACCGCGGGAGCAGUGUCGCGCUCCCAGCCCCGCGGCACGCUGGACUCGGCGACGGACGCGGCCAAGCGCUCCGCCGGCCGGCACAUGUACCUCGUGUUGGCACACUACGUCAAGCUGCAGCUUGAGGAGAGGGUGCCGCUGGAGGUGCGCGCCGCCCUCGAACCAGCCAUGAACUCGAUUUUUGACAUUACCCCCCCGGAAGGGAGGAAGAUUUUGAACGACGCCAUGGAUGCGAGCGGCAGGGCUAUUUUGCGAGAAAUGUUCAAGAGCUAUGUCAGAUUUGGGAAAUGGAGCGGCGUUUAA